AGCACCUUACAACAUGUUUCCUGAUGGAGAGAAAACGUAGAUGCUGCUGCUGAAAUCCUCCGUUUUUCUGGGAUAGUUUCAUGAAUGCAGCACGUGAAAGACUCGCAACCUGAGGCUGAUGUGGUGGAUGUGAUCCAGCUGAUGUCGUCAUCGCAUUCCUUCGAACAUUCGCGUUUGUUUUCAUUCUGAUUUCGAGCGUUCGUGAGGCUGGAUGCUGUUAAUAGCGAAGAACGGGAUUAGAACACGGAAAGACGGGAAGAAGAGGCCCUGCGUCCUGCUUUAAACGAUAUCCACCACCGCUUCUCCAUCACUGAAGCAUGGACAGAUUAGAGGAACUUGUGAACCAGUGGAUUUGGCGGCAGGAUUUCUGGCUUCCUCCUGGCGUUACAUGGAAAGACAUCGCUGAAGGGACGGCGGAUGGAAGUCGUUUUCCCGUACCCCGCGACCUGCUCAUCUCUCUGCCCUUGGCCCUGAGUUUCAUCGCACUGCGGUUUGUUUUUGAAAGGGUUGUGGCGCUGCCGCUCAGCCGGUGUCUGGGCGUCCGGGACAGGGUUCGUCUGCGGGUCACACCCGUCCCGAAGCUGGAGGUGUUUUACCUGCAGAAGAAGCAGCAGCCGUCUCAGAACGAUCUGCUGGUUCUGGAGAAGCUCUGUGGACUCUCUCAGCAUCAGAUCCAGAGCUGGCUGCGUCACCGUCGAAACCAGGACCGUCCCAGCAGCACCAGGAAGUUCUGUGAGGCCUCGUGGAGGUUUGUGUUUUAUCUGGUGGCCUUCUCAGCUGCUCUCGUCUCACUCGUUCAGACUCCGUGGUUUUGGGAUCAUCGGGAAUGCUGGCGUGGAUACCCAAGACAGGCCGUAACAGAAGCUCAGUUCUGGUAUUACAUCGUGGAGUUAGCCUUCUAUCUCUCGCUUCUGCUCUGCGUAUCGGUGGACAUAAAGCGCAAAGACUUCAAAGAGCAAAUCAUUCACCACAUCGCCACCAUUUUCCUCAUUGCUUUCUCGUACUGUGCGAACUAUGUGCGCGUGGGAACCCUGGUGAUGCUCGUCCACGACUCUGCUGACUUCCUGUUGGAGUCUGCCAAGAUGUUCAAUUAUGCUGGAUGGAGAAAGACCUGCGAUGCCUUGUUUGUCGUUUUCGCCGCUGUAUUCCUGGUAACUCGCCUCGUGGUUUUUCCAUACAGAAUCGUCUACACAGCGGUGGUGGAUUCGUUGGACGUCUUUCCUCCGUACCCUGGUUAUUAUUUCUUAAAUGGCCUGUUGCUGGUUUUGCAAGCUCUGCACGUCUUCUGGGCUUGGUUGAUUCUUCGAAUGGUUCACAAAUUUAUCUUUUUAGGCAAAGUGGAACGCGAUGAACGGAGCGAUGAAGAGAGUGAAGCUGAUGAAGAAGAAGAAGAAGAAGGUGGAGAAGAAGAACACACCUGGGAGCAAAAAAAGGGUGCUUUUAACACAAAAUUGGCAUCGUUAGCCAAUAACUGUGUUCUGAACAAUUUAACAAAUCAGAGGCGAAAAAUGAAUAGUAAAACUCCAAAAGCCAGAUAGUAAUGCUACUUUAUGUAUUUAAACGUGUUAAAUCAUCUUCAACUUUCUUGGCUUACCUUGUUUGUCAAAGUCCUACUGUAAUUUCAGACCGCUGGUGUUUUGGUUGCGUGAAAACAUAACGCUUAGUCAGUAUAUUGCGUAAAACAAAAAAUACUACUUGUUUGCAUUAUUACAUUACCAUUGGAGUAUCUUAAAUAGGUUAAACUUUAAUUUGUUUAAAGUUAGUCUAAUUAAUUAUAGUGCAUUGGUUGAGUAGUAGCACUAUAACUUAAAUUUUUUUUUAACGUAAAUACAAACGUGUUUUUUUAUAAACAGACAUUUUAAGUAUUAAUUGUUGAAGUGUUGUUAAAGUUAAUUUACUAAUUUGCUGCAACAUUUAGAUGUAAUUUUACUAUUUGUAUCAAAAUGGGCAAUGGUUGACCUUUAGGAGAAACUUACUGCGCCAUCAGGUCCACUUGUUUUUGUGAUUCUACUAAUGUAAGAUUUUGUUGCAAGGAGCUUUUGGAGCUUGUUGUGUUUUAUAAGAUGGCGCAUUGAAAUCAUUCAGAUGAUUUCUCACCGGAGCAUGUGCCUCGAAAUCUUUAAAGUCAAAGGGGGUAGUUAAAUUUGAGGGCAACUAUGUAAGCCCCUUGAUUUCUUGAAUACUGACUCUGCUCCAAGGGCUAAAGGCAAAGUUUUUUUCGUUGUUCUAGAUGAAGCUGGAAAGUUUAUUUGCACAGUAGCCAUAACUGAUCUUUCAUUCAAAAGCUGUGCGUCUGUCUUACACUGUUUAACAUAUAAAAGACCUGUGAUUGUUUUUGUAUGAAUUUCCCUCUUUUUAUUGGGAUUUACCAUGUUCUGAGUUUGUUAAUGCAACAUUUUGUAGUUGUUAUAUAUCUUGUAACAAUGACAGAAGAGGAAUAUAUUCUUGUAAUCUUCAGUACUGGUAAUGUUGCAUACAUGCUUCUCGUCCGCUAUUUUUUUUCGGUGACCUUUUGAAUAACAAUAAAAGUGUUUUAGAAUAUGAUUAUACUCAA